UGAGCAGUGGGGGAGAGCUCAGCCAGCCCUGCAGGGCGAGCAGUCCAGCCUUGUGUUCACCGGAGCUUAAGCGUUUCGGCAGGAAAACUUCCAUCUCGCUCUCCUGGCUUUGAUCCUCACUGGACAUCAGACCAGAGGCACCGAAGGGAGGGAGGAUGCGAGAUGACCGGCCCUUUGGCAACCUGACCAUCGACUUAGCGGAGCCUUCAAAAGCAAGCCAGGGGCUGGCUGCACGACCAAAGAGGCGCCGCGCCUCUCGUGGAUGUGUGUGUGUGAGUGAUCCAGCGAGUGUGUGUGCGUGUGAGGGUGUGUGUGUGUAUGCCUGUGUGCACAGCACAACUGUGUGCGUGUCCCGGUGAGUGUGCCUGUGCAUGCGUGAGUGUGUGUACGUGUGCAUGUGUGUGUGAGUGCGCUUGGUUAUUACUAUUAUUAUUAUUUUUGGAAGAAAAAUCUUUGAAAAUCUGGGGCAGGUUACUGUGCUCCUAGGGUGAUUCUUCUUUUGCAAGAGGAGCUGACCAGAGCAAGCUACUAGAGCCAUUUCUCGGCAAGUAAAGAGAUUUUUCCUUCCAGAAGGAGAAGGAUUUUUGUCCCUGCUCUGCAGCCAAGUGAAAGAGAUUAGUCCCUAAACCUGUGAAAUCGACCAGAGCUGUGUGAUUACCAGGGCUUGAGAGAGGACUCGAAAAGAAAAGGAGAAAUAAAUCAAACAGCCUGUCAGUUCCUUUGGCCACGUCAGAAGAUGUCAUCUCAAACUAAGUUCAAGAAAGACAAAGAGAUCAUUGCUGAAUAUGAAGCCCAAAUAAAAGAGAUCCGCACGCAGCUGGUGGAGCAGUUCAAAUGUCUGGAGCAGCAAUCAGAGUCGCGACUGCAGCUGCUUCAAGAUCUCCAGGAGUUUUUCCGCCGGAAAGCUGAGAUUGAGCUUGAGUACUCCCGCAGCCUGGAGAAGCUGGCUGAGCGCUUCUCCUCCAAAAUCCGCAGCUCCCGGGAGCACCAGUUCAAGAAGGACCAGUACCUCCUCUCGCCUGUGAACUGUUGGUAUCUGGUUCUGCAUCAGACCCGGCGGGAGAGCCGAGACCAUGCCACCCUCAAUGACAUCUUCAUGAACAAUGUCAUCGUCCGCCUCUCCCAGAUCAGUGAGGAUGUCAUCAGACUCUUCAAAAAGAGCAAGGAGAUUGGCCUGCAGAUGCACGAGGAGCUCCUGAAGGUGACCAAUGAGCUCUACACAGUCAUGAAAACCUACCACAUGUACCAUGCAGAGAGCAUCAGUGCAGAAAGCAAGCUGAAGGAGGCUGAGAAGCAGGAGGAGAAGCAGUUCAAUAAGUCAGGAGACCUCAGCAUGAACCUGCUCCGGCACGAGGACCGGCCCCAGCGCCGCAGCUCUGUGAAGAAGAUUGAGAAGAUGAAGGAGAAGAGGCAGGCCAAGUACUCUGAGAACAAGCUGAAAUGCACAAAGGCCCGGAAUGACUACUUGCUCAAUCUGGCAGCCACCAACGCAGCUAUAAGCAAAUACUACAUCCAUGAUGUCUCUGAUCUGAUCGAUUGCUGUGAUUUGGGCUUCCAUGCCAGCCUGGCCCGCACCUUCCGGACCUAUCUCUCAGCUGAAUACAACCUGGAGACUUCUCGCCACGAAGGGCUGGAUGUCAUUGAGAAUGCAGUGGACAACCUGGAUUCCCGAAGUGACAAGCACACAGUCAUGGACAUGUGCAAUCAAGUCUUCUGCCCUCCACUCAAGUUCGAGUUCCAGCCCCACAUGGGGGAUGAGGUCUGCCAGGUCAGCGCUCAGCAGCCCGUCCAGACAGAACUGCUCAUGCGGUAUCACCAGCUGCAGUCCAGACUGGCCACCCUCAAGAUAGAGAAUGAGGAGGUUAGGAAAACCCUGGAUGCCACCAUGCAGACAUUACAGGACAUGCUGACUGUGGAGGACUUUGAUGUCUCCGAUGCCUUCCAACACAGUCGAUCGACAGAGUCCGUCAAGUCGGCUGCCUCUGAGACCUACAUGAGCAAGAUCAACAUUGCCAAGAGGAGAGCCAACCAGCAGGAAACAGAAAUGUUUUAUUUUACAAAAUUUAAAGAAUAUGUGAAUGGCAGUAACCUCAUCACCAAGCUGCAGGCCAAGCACGAUUUACUCAAGCAGACCCUGGGCGAAGGGGAAAGAGCAGAAUGCGGCACCACCAGGCCCCCCUGUCUACCCCCUAAACCACAGAAAAUGAGGAGACCUAGGCCUCUCUCAGUGUAUAGCCAUAAACUCUUUAACGGCAGUAUGGAAGCAUUCAUUAAGGAUUCAGGACAAGCUAUACCGCUUGUAGUCGAGAGCUGCAUCCGUUACAUCAAUUUAUAUGGACUCCAGCAGCAGGGGAUCUUCAGAGUGCCAGGAUCUCAGGUGGAAGUCAAUGACAUCAAAAAUUCCUUUGAGAGAGGUGAAGACCCCCUUGUGGACGAUCAAAAUGAACGAGAUAUCAAUUCAGUCGCUGGUGUUUUAAAACUGUAUUUCCGAGGACUGGAAAACCCACUCUUUCCUAAGGAAAGGUUUCAAGAUUUGAUAUCUACUAUUAAACUGGAGAACCCAGCCGAGAGGGUGCACCAGAUCCAACAAAUCCUCGUCACCCUUCCCCGCGUGGUCAUUGUGGUCAUGAGAUACCUCUUCGCUUUCCUCAACCACCUCUCCCAGUAUAGCGACGAGAACAUGAUGGAUCCCUACAACCUGGCCAUCUGCUUCGGGCCUACCCUCAUGCACAUCCCUGAUGGGCAGGACCCUGUGUCCUGCCAGGCACACAUCAAUGAAGUCAUCAAAACCAUCAUCAUCCAUCAUGAAGCCAUCUUCCCCAGCCCCCGGGAGCUAGAGGGACCUGUGUAUGAAAAAUGCAUGGCUGGAGGGGAAGAAUAUUGUGACAGCCCACACAGCGAGCCAGGGGCCAUCGACGAAGUUGACCAUGACAAUGGCACUGAGCCUCAUACCAGCGAUGAAGAAGUGGAGCAGAUCGAGGCUAUCGCCAAGUUUGACUACAUGGGGCGGUCCCCGCGUGAGCUAUCCUUCAAGAAGGGGGCCUCGCUGCUCCUGUACCACCGCGCCUCGGAGGACUGGUGGGAGGGCCGGCACAACGGCGUGGAUGGACUCAUCCCCCAUCAGUACAUAGUUGUACAGGACAUGGAUGAUGCCUUCUCCGACAGCCUGAGCCAGAAGGCUGACAGCGAGGCCAGCAGUGGGCCAUUGCUGGAUGACAAGGCCUCUUCCAAAAACGACCUCCAGUCCCCCACGGAGCACAUCUCGGAUUACGGCUUUGGGGGGGUGAUGGGCCGAGUGCGGUUACGAUCUGAUGGAGCAGCCAUCCCCAGACGCCGAAGCGGGGGCGACACACACAGCCCGCCCCGGGGCCUGGGCCCCAGCAUAGACACACCACCCCGGGCUGCUGCCUGCCCCAGCAGCCCCCACAAAAUCCCCCUCACCCGGGGGAGGAUCGAGAGCCCUGAGAAGCGGAGGAUGGCGACGUUCGGGAGCGCUGGCAGCAUCAACUACCCUGACAAGAAGGCGCUCUCCGAAGGGCACUCGAUGAGGUCGACCUGCGGUUCCACCAGGCACAGCAGCCUAGGGGACCACAAGUCCCUGGAGGCCGAGGCCCUGGCAGAAGACAUCGAGAAGACCAUGAGCACGGCUCUGCACGAGUUGCGGGAACUCGAGAGGCAGAACACGGUCAAGCAGGCGCCAGAUGUGGUGCUGGACACCCUGGAGCCCCUGAAGAACCCGCCAGGCCCCGUCAGCUCGGAGCCCGCCAGUCCCCUUCACACCAUCGUCAUCCGCGACCCCGAUGCCGCCAUGCGCCGCAGCAGCAGCUCCUCCACCGAGAUGAUGACCACCUUCAAGCCUGCCCUGUCCGCCCGCCUGGCUGGCGCCCAGCUCCGCCCGCCCCCCAUGCGGCCCGUGCGGCCGGUGGUCCAGCACCGGUCCAGCAGCAGCAGCAGCUCGGGCGUGGGCAGCCCGGCCGUGACGCCCACCGAGAAGAUGUUCCCCAACAGCUCGGCGGACAAGUCGGGCACCAUGUGACCUGCAGGAUGGGCCGCACCGCCGUGGCCCGCUGUGGCUCCCCACGGCCCAGGGUGGCCUUGGUGGCUUCCACGUGCUUCCCAGUGACCCUGGCCUUGGAGGGCAGAGGUCCGUCUGGGAGGGUGUGUCUGUGCAGAGCUGAGGCCCAGGCGCUGGCUGCAGCUCACGUCCAGCCAUGGGAAUCCCACGGACCUCUCGCGUGUCAACAGACGACCAGAGGAGUGCUGGAGCUCGAGCAGCCCCAACCACAGCAUUUCCUAACAUGGAGGCAAAAUACCACAUGGCUUCUCCCGCGUAUCGUCACUGGAAACUUCCUCUCUCGACAUUCUCUCUACAUACGUAUAUGUGUGUGUAUAUCGAUGUGUGCAUAUAUACACAUGUAUAUGUAUGUAUGUGUCUGUAGGUGUGUGUAUAUAUAUAUAUAUUUAUGCAUCUAUAUACAUAUACUAGAUCUGGACACACACAUACUAAGUGUAUAUAGUAUCUCCUUUUUCUUUUUAUGAAACUUAGAUUUACCUCAGAUCCAUGCCACCAAACAUCUCCCACCGAGUUAUUUGGUGGGAUUUGCAGGGACUUUUCUGGGAGAACUUAAAGGCCCAUAGUAACUGCGAAUGAAGCAAUAUACCACUAACCUGCAGAAAAACACAAACAAAAACAGACUCCCACUGUCUCCAGAAGUCGUGGCCUUCCAGAACAGUCUGCCCCUCAAGGAAGGGUGGGGCAGGCAGUACCCCCAAGCAGGCUGCUCCCAGAGGUGGGGAACCCUUCAUAGGAAAUCCCCACCCCCGUCCACCCCAGAGACCCUGCCCUUCCACCCGGAGGCCAAAGGCCAACUGUACUCCCAAAGGCAUGGGAGAAAGUUGGCGAGAAGACCCCUGACUACCACAUCCUUGUGUUUGUGUGUAGAGACAGGGGAUAGCGAGAACCUAAGCCCCAUCGUAGCACAGUAUUACAUGUGGUUGGGAAAAAGGGAAAAAUAAAAAUACAGUGGUGUGGAAUACUUCAAAACCUAGAAACGCUGUAGGAAUGAAUCUGUGGUAACUAUAGAGGUUUAACUUAUAUCAUUUUCAAACUAUUUAAUUUUUUCUUUUCCUGGUUCUACUAAUUAUACUGUGUCAGAUUUGGAACUAAACAGGCAAGGAGGCUUUGAGUCACGUCGUUUUCAUUUUAAAUCAGGCUGUGAUGCACUGUGGCUGGUGCCGUCUUGCAUGAAACGCAUGAGCCGUGAGCGCCCAGUUCAGACUGGGGCGAGGGAGGGGCAGUCCUUGGCACUUUCUGUCCUAGAGGACACUGUCAGUUGAGUUAAUACAAGUGACAUAGCUUCCCUUCCCUCCCCCUUCACCCACUCCCUCCAGAACAUUUAGUGUAGAUGAAAAUGUGGUGAUAGAAAUGGGUGCAUGAUCUUCAUGUGUGACAGCCAGGCCUUUGCCUCUUGGCUGAGUAAAGCCCUUCCGGGUCGCUCUCCUUUGAUUCCAUUUUACCUCCUCUUCUGAUCACUUCCAGAGAUGAGCUGUUUCUGGAUAAUGGCACACGGGCAAAUCUGUGUGCCCUGUGGGCCACUGUUACUUACCCUCUCCUGCGAGACCCAGGGGCUUUUCCCUACUGUUCCCACGCUUCCUCUCUCUCGAGGCCACUGGAGUCAAAAGGCCCAGAGUCUGAAUCCCAGCCCUGAGCAAUUAGGAGCCUUCUGACUUAGGGUUUGUCACUCCACCUCAUUGAGCCUGACUGUUCUGCUCCAUAAAAUAGGGUAAUAAAGGUCAGACAUCAGUGAGCAAGCUGUGUACACUGGAAAACAUUGACUCAAUACAAUGCUUUUGUGAUUAUCAUUAGUAAGGUAAGUCUUAGAUCAGAGCCCUCCAGCCCUUCUUUUUGAAACCUCCCAAUGGCAUUUCAGAAGUGAGCAGUGGAAUUUUCCUGCCAUCUUAAUAAGAGCCCUGGAUUCCAUCAUUAACAUUUUAGCCCAUUGGAUUAAGUGGUGCCCUCUCCUCUGGUCCCCCACAAAAAGGUAAAUACACCCAAAGGGAGGGACCUAGUUAAGUCACAGGCACCUAGAUAAGUUAGGAGGGUAAAGCCACUACCUUGUCUGAAGGACUGGACUUGACACCCCACAGUGGAAGGGAGCAUCAGGAAAGGAACAAAAAAAGGAUCUCAGGGAGAGGCCAGUGUCAAACUUGACCUCCCUUGUUUGGCCUAGAAUGAACCCUUCUCUUUAGCUCCUGGAUAUGAAAGGCCAUCUGCUUGGAGCACAGAAAGAUAUUGCCAUUUUACAGCUUAAGAGAGUAAGGCCUUGGGCUGUGCUGUGACCUGCCCAAGAUUUGACACUGGCUAGGAGCAGAGGCUGCGUCAGGCUCUUAAAGUUAUGUGUUUGCAUGCUGGACGCUAUACUGUCCAGCCAGGACACAAGACUUCUGAUUUCUACCCUCAAGAUACUCCCAGAUCCUAAAUCCAGUAGCCUCCCAGGCAAAAUAUAGCAAUCUGCCACAACUGCCAGAUGAAAAGCAACAAUCAGAGUAGAAAAAUCUGUUGCCUGAUUUACAUAACACCAAUCAGACCGUGUGGAUUUUUCUCUGAAUUGACUGAUUUUGUUUUUUUCUUACUGAAAAUGGACCUGCCUUUCACUGAAUUUUCUGAGGGCAGAGUCUUAGCUGUUUUCUUUAAGCACCUUUUUUUUUUUUUUCCAUUGGGAAAUGGCUGAUGAGUUCACAUUUAGGGAUGUACACACACAGAUGGCAGACGUCUCCCCACUCAUCCAGCCCCAAAUCUGAGCCUUGACGCAGGCCAAGUGGAAAAAUACUUUCCCGCCCCCCUCCCCUGUUCCCACUUCCUCAUCUGGCACUAUGCAUGUCUCACUCACCCUCCACAGCACUCAGUCCCAUCGACGUUCACUGAACAUUGGCUUUCUCUUUCUAACUCCUGCCUGUUUUAGUCCACUAUAUAUUGCUGUAUUUGCUUAAAUGCUGGAAAGUAACUGUUAAAAUGUGAAAUUGUAAUUUUUAAAAAGGCUACAAUUAAAUUUUAGCCAAUGCCACUCACCAAAUCUUUGCACCUAGUAGAUAGAUCAAUGUAAAAACAAAUACCUAACUGUACAGUGAGUGUGGGGGAAAUGUAGUAACCUAGUUAGUAGUCUUCAAUAUAACCAAUUGUACAAGGGGAAGUGGUGUUUACCUACUUGUUCAUCACCAUUAUUGAAAGCCGUACUGAUCAGUUAGUUGACAACGGGCAUUUCUUUUUCUUUGCUUCAUGGAAUGAUUUCUUUUCUUAACCUUCGACUUAUCCUGAGGUCAAGCCUUUUGUCUUUAUGUAUAACCGACGUUCAGUCUAUUUUAGGAAUGAACCAGCAAGUUGUUCAUUUAAAACUGACCAAAGACAAUUAAUUCCUGGUCUAGUUUCCUGGGCCUUGUGGCUCAGCUCCGCUAAAGAGCUUUUUGGAUAAAAUUGAGAACAAGCUGUGCUUCCUACCCCACUCUCCCCGUCCCCUUUUAUUCCCUUUUCCUCUUAAAGAGCUGCUCUGAGCUGUGGGAUUCUAUGAAAAAUUCUUGCCUUUCCUUGUUUCAGUGCUAACGAUUUCUCACCUUGAAGCGCCUUUUGAACCCCGGACAGAGUGCACAAUUGGAGGGAAUUGCGAGCUUGGGAAUUAGACUUUGGAGUCUUUUCUCUGAAGUCACCAGGCCAGGGGUCAGGAGAGAGAUGGAUUCCCAAGGGAUGAAAGGUUUCUAUUCAGUGAAGAAAUCGGAGUGGGAAGAGACACAGGGAAAUUGAGCCAUAUUUUGGCUAUCGGCUGGAACCAGCAGUUCAGAGAUCCGCCUUAUAAACAUUUAAAACUGGUUUGUGGUACACAAAGAGGAACCAGUGUGGGAAGGGGCCUUUAUGUGGGGCUUUCUUCUCUGUUGGAGUCCCUUGGAGUGCCUUGCUGGGUAUAUUUCUCUGUCAUUCAGGAGGCACGAAUGCGGAGGACUUCUCGUGACCUGGUCGUGAUGUGGCACUCAGUGCAUGUACACAGCUAAUGGAAAAACACGAGGACUCGGGUAAUGGUUCUUCCUCUCAGUCUUUCUAUUCCUAACUUUUCACACAUCCAGAUGGUUCCACACUAGUGCAAAUGCCUCACUCUGCUGAGAAACCCAGAAAGAAGAGUGGCUGGCUCACAACCAUGGGGUUAGCCCCUGCUGGGCUGGGAGUGGGGGUGGCGGCCAGGAGGAAAGGCAGAAAGGGGUGAGCCGAGGUGUUGCCUAGCUGAUUUUCUGCUGUGCAGAGCUAAUGCUGACAUUUCAUGUCAACUUCCCCGGUUCUCUGGGGUCUCCUCUCCUCUGAGCAGCCACAUAGAACAAUCCCCACAUAUCCAAAGCUGCCCAGGGGAGCCGAGAGAAGGGACUUUGCUGUCAGGUCCAAGCCCUCCUGACCUCCCUGAGAUUGAUCUGCCAGUGUCCUGCUGUCCCUCUGGGACUGGCCACAUGGCCAUCGCUGCCCCUUGUUGACACCUCCUUUCUGUGUGAAUUGUCCCCGGCAAAUAACAAAGCUGUUCCUUGAACCAGAACAACCAGAGUGCACUUUUCCUUCCUUAGACGGAAGUAGAUCCUGGCUAGGGUUUCUGCCCAGGCCCUUGUUCCCGGCAGUGUGACUGUUUACAUGGUUUGGCAAUAGGUUUGAUUCUGAUUGCUUCAGAGUGGCUGGUCUAUUUUGUUUCCUUUGGUUUCCUUCCUCCCCAAAUUGUGACAGGAAAAACAAACCAAAACCACCCUAGGAAAUUGCUGGUUGCCUGUCCCCACGUGAUGAUAAAUGUUGCCCUCUUCUGGAUAUCGUUUCUCUACCUUACGACCAAACGCCCGUCCUAUAGAGUGUCUGAUUGGAUCCUCUGUCGCGUAUUCUGAUGGUGCCUGCUGGUUUGACGUGGAGCUAUCCUGUGAAAUAAAACAGCUUAACUUUUCUCAAACAUGCUCCAGUGGUUUUUCAAAGGGCGAGGUGGCACAUCAGGGGUGGAGAGGUCCUGGGGGGAGUCCCCAUCCUCCAGUCCACACUGUCUGCCUGCUUCCCCCAAGAACCACCUUUGAAAUGUCCAUUAGCUCAGAUCCAACAAGAUGAAGGUAAGGUUACAAGGAGGACCACUUCCAUUGUAGAGCUAACUGAAGAAGGUAACUAACUGUAGGAUGACUGCUGGAGAAAGAGGGUUUGGAAAUGUCAAAGCAAAGGCAAGUUGGGAGUAGUAGCUGUCAUCUGCAGAAAGUGUCUUCAAAAGUUUAAGAUAAAUUAUCAGAGGCCACUGGGUACUGAUACAUACAUCAAGGCACAUGCAACAUUUUGAUGUUCAUUGUCUACAAACGUCAUAUAACCUCUUGGACUUUUGUUUUUACCUGUAUGUGUUUGUGAACUGUUUAUUGACCACUUAUUUCUGUCCCAGCCACUAGAUUAAACCCUUUACCUGUAUUUUCUCAUUUAGUUCUCAAUACACCAUUGAAGGUAAGUAUCAUUAUUAUACUCUGUCCUGCAGAUGAGGAAACUGAGGCUCUGAGAGGCUAAACAGCUUGCCCAAGGUUAGGCUAGGAAGUAGAGAAGCCAGAAUUUGAAUUCAGUCCGCCUAACUCCAAACCCAUGCUCUUUAUAAGUUUGUCAUACUGCCUCUGAUUUGAGCAUUGUACUCAUUACAGCAGGAUUAGGGGCAGGAUUUCAUGAUGAAGGUAGCUUGCUGCUUGCUGCAGUCAAGAAAUACUCCAGGGCCUUUAUAUCCCACCAAGACUUUGUAUCAGGGAAGAAUACAAGUUGCCCAAAGGAGAUUGUGGGGCUGCCCAUGAAAAAUAAUAAAUGGUGAUGGUUUUCAGUC